AUGACUAUUGCUGCAUAUGCGUAUGAAACAAAUGAAGCAAGAAGAGCACAUGAACUAGUAAAUGAAAACUCAACUUUAACCAUUGAAGGCAAUGAUUUAGUCAUUGACGAUGGAAAAACUAAAAAAGUCAUUGAUUUCGAUACUUUUAACACUUAUGACCCAUUCAUUACAACAAGCAAGGUUCCCAUCAUAAAUGAUGGAACGGUGCAAUAUAUAAAUUCUACAGUAGAUGCCUCAUUAGUGAAAGUAUUAAAUGUUCUCAUUGAAUUGUUAAAGAGCUUUCGAUUUGACGACAACAUUAAAUGCCUAAAGAAUUUAGUCAUGAAUGAGAAACAAAUUCUCGGCGUUGCUGGUAACAGUAAUGAUGUACACCUUAUGACAUUAGAAUAUUAUAACGAACAUAAAGAUGAACUGAAAGGAGAGAAGGGUGACACCGGACCUCAAGGACCACAAGGAAUACAAGGAAUACAAGGACUACAAGGACCUCAAGGCGAGAACGGUUUGGAUGGUGAAGAUGGAAAGGAUGGAAAAACUGCUAAAUCAUGGAUAUGGAACCUUAUAAAUACUGGUUUAACAGCUGCUUCAUAUGGAGUUCUUCAAUACCAAAUCGGAAAGAUAUGGGCAGUACUUGGUGAAGAA